AUGAGCUCCUCAGGCAGCGAGGUCUCCAAGCCCAGCGCCAGGGAGAUCUACGAGCAGAGGAAGAAAUAUUCCAACUUCAUCAUGGCCGACGUCUCCCAAUACACCGUCAACCACCUGGUGACGUUCCCGGUGGGGGAGGCGGCGGAGCUGCGCUCGGUGGAGGACGCCGUGCGCAAAGUGGCCGCCAUGGAGGGCCAGGGCCAGGUCUGGGCCCAGGAGAUGCUGCUGCAGGUCACUGGGUCGGCCAUCAGACUGCUCGACGUCCACUCCAAGGAGGAGCUGGAGAGCUACGGGCUGGCGGGGGUGCUGCGCUGCGAGGCCGUGCUGCCCGGCGCCCGCGCCCACUCCCUCCUGCUCCUCGUGUGCCAGGAGCCCCAGCAGACCCAGCCUGACGCCCACUUCUUCAAGUGCGCCCACAUCGGGGCGGAGCCGAUCCGGGAGGACAUUAACAGUGCCCUGCUGGACUUCAAAUCGGGAAGCAACGCUCAGCGGAAAGAAGCGCUCAGAGCAAACCAGGAGAUGAUGCAGAAGGGGGUACCACCACCCCCGGGGGGGACAGGACCCCGGCCCCCACCCCCUCACAGGAAGGUGGUGAUCACCCCCUCAGCCACUCUGAAUGAGAUGGAGACGCAGAGUCAGGGAGACGCAGCUGACCCCUCGGACACAGGCGGGCUGCGGACUGAGCAUGAUGUGGAGCUGCUGAACCGGAUCUUCGACGACAUCGAAGCUUUCGUGGGCAAACUGCAGAAAUCAGCCGAGGCCUUUCGGAUCCUGGAGCAGCUGAAACGGUCGGGCCGGGGGCGCCGCCGGGAGCCGGGGGAGGGGCUGCUGACCCUGCGGGCCCGGCCACCCCCCAUGGAAGAGUUCGAGGACACCCUGGCCAAGAUGAAAUAUUCCUUCAGCCUCCUGGCAAGACUCCAGUCAAACAUCUCAAAUCCCACUUCGGAGGAGCUGGUUCACUUCCUGUUUGGCCCCCUGAAAAUGGUGGUGGAGUCGUCGGGGGGCCCAGAGUUCGCCAGCGAGAUCCGCUCCCCCAUGCUGACCCUGGAGGCCGUCACCCUGCCGGGCUGCCUGGGGGCCCAGGAGGCCAAGCUGUGGGGCUCGCUGGGCGACAACUGGACCCGGCCCCGGGUGGAGUUCCCCGGGGACUACGCCACCCCUUAUAUCCUGACCUUCCAAAGCGGUUGGGUCCCGCCCCGCCUGGGCCCCGACGGGCAGCCCUGGGAGGAUCCGGUGGAGACCCAGCACCGGCAUGAAGUGCGCCGGGCGCAGCAAUCGGCUCCUCCAAUCGAAGCCAAUGGCCACAGACGGACAGAAGACGGCAGGCUUGUGAGCUGCAACUACGACUUUGUAGCCAGGAACAGCAAUGAACUGUCUGUCCUGCAGGGGGAGCUUCUGGAGGUGCUGGACAACACCAAGAAGUGGUGGAAGGUUCAGAACCGCUCCGGCCAGCAAGGCUACGUCCCCUUCAACAUCCUCAGCCCGCUGCCGGCCCCCCAGAACCGAGGCCCGGGCGACCUGCUCAACGGCACCGGCAGCGCUGGCUCCAGCCCCCGCCAGACCAGAGCCCCGGGCCCCCCAGGCCUGCCGGCUCUGAAGAAAAAGGUCGCAGCCCCGAAUGGGACCCAGUGGAAUGGCUCCGAGGGGCUUGGCCUAGACCCCAAUGAGAGAGAGCGGCUGAACGAGGAGCUGCUGCAGCGCCUGGCGGCCGGCCGGGGCGCCCCUGCCAAGCCCUUCCCGGUGCACCGGACGCCGGACACGGCGGUGCCGCUGGACCACGACUCCGACCCCACCCAGGUCCAGGCCUGGCUGGAGGCCAAGGGCUUCGAGCCCCUGACGGUGAGCACCCUGGGGGUGCUGAACGGGUCCCAGCUCUUCUCGCUGUGCAAAGCCGAGUUCCAGGCCGUCAGCCCCGAGGAAGGAGCCAGAGUCUACAGCCAGGUCACCGUACACAAGGCCAUGCUGGAGGACUUUAAGAAAACCUCCGAACUGGAAGCCGUGAUGGAGAAACGGAAGAGGAAAUUGGAGGGCAAGACAGAAGCAUCCCGCUCGUGA